AUGAAUUCUCUCUGCAAAAAUACUGAAUCUGAAAAAUCCAUUACUGAGGAGUUGAUCCCUAAGAAAGUUCGUUUCAGAAAUGAAGAUGUUGAUACAAACAAUAAUAUGUUGAUCGAUACAUCUCCAGGAAAAUCUAUCUCGUGGAGGGAUAUGCUUGUAGGACAAUCGUCAAAGGAUACUCACAUUGAUUUGGAAGGAAAAGAAGAUCUGGAAAUUUUGGAUGGGGACAUUAAAAAAACCUUUGUGGAUGGCGUACCUUCCAUUUCCUUCUCGGAUAGGAUUCACAAAAUCCUUAUUCAAGGUAUGGAUAACACAGUGAUUUUAAAACUUCUUGGUCGUAACAUAGGCUUUCCGGUUUUGCAGAAUAAAUUGUUCAAUCUGUGGAGACCUUCAGCACCUCUACAUAUGAUGGAUAUAGAAAAUGGUUAUUUCUUGGUUAAAUUCCAGAAUAAGUUGGACUGUGAAAGGGCUCUUGCUGAAGGACCUUGGAUCAUCUUUGGUCAAUAUUUGACGGUUCAGCCUUGGUCGCUAGCCUUUGAUCCGACACAAGCUUAUCCGAGCAUUGUGAUGGCAUGGAUUAGAUUUCCUGGUUUACCUGGAUAUUUAUAUAAUCAUAAAAUCAUCACUGAGAUAGGAGAAAUGGUUGGAAAAGUGGUUAAAUUGGAUAUGAACACUAAUAGUAGGACUAGGGGAAGAUUCGCUAGAUUGGCUGUUUAUGUUGACCUGGAAAAGCCGUUGGUAUCACAUAUUCUGAUCAAUGGACGUAAGCAGAAUGUUGAAUAUGAAUCUUUAUCCACAAUCUGUUUUCAUUGUGGGAGAUAUGGGCAUGUGGAAAACUCUUGCCCCUUUAAGAAUUCUGAAACUCCCAGUGAAAAGGAGAAUACCUCGUCGGAAAUGGCAUCGGAGUUUCAAAACACGACCAAGGUUGACGCAGAGAAGGAGCACGAGAAUUUCGGGCCUUGGAUGAUCGUUGAGAAGAAAUCAAGGCGGAAAAUCAGAGAUAUUACACAAAAUCCCUUAAAUGUCCAAUAG